AGCAGCGGCAGUGAACAGAUUUCACUAGUCUUGAUUGCUGUGAAUCGGCAUAUGGGGCAAAGUUCAAGUUAGCCAACUCACUCGGUCAGUGCAAGCGCCAGACCGUCGAGAGCCUCGCAAUGCAUAGGGUCAGUUCCUUGAUUGUGCCAAAGUUUUUGAGGUCUUCGAAAUGCAUUUGGAGAAACAGCGCCAGCAAUGCAGCGUCCGUGCAAAAGCUUUUUCAAAAUAAUGCAGAUUUCCCGGCCAGACACAUUGGACCUCGAGAAAACGAGCAAACCGAAAUGCUCGAUUUCAUCGGAUAUAGGACUCUUGAAGAGAUGACAAUCAAAGCUGUACCUGAAACUAUCAAACUCAACCGUGAUUUGAAUAUCGAAGAACCGACGUCCGAGCAUGACUUAAUGAUCAGGAUUAAGAAAAUCGCCGAAAAGAACAAAGUGUGGCGCUCGUACAUUGGAAUGGGUUACCACAACUGCUGCACGCCGCACACAAUCAUGAGGAACAUUUUUGAAAAUCCUGGAUGGACGACUCAGUACACCCCGUAUCAACCAGAGGUGGCUCAGGGUCGCUUGGAGGGCCUCCUCAACUACCAAACGAUGGUGGCUGACCUCACUGGAAUGGAGGUUGCAAACGCCUCGUUGCUCGACGAGGGAACAGCAGCCGCGGAGGCGCUCAGUCUUUGCUACAGGCAGAAUAAGAGACGCAAGCUGUUUAUUUCGGACAAACUUCACCCUCAAACUGCGAGUGUGGUCGAAACGCGCGCCUCCUCGCUGGGGCUGCAGGUGAUUCAGGGCAACGUGCUUACCGCAGACUUUUCCAGCAGGGACUACGCGGGAGUUUUGUUGCAGUACCCAGACACGCACGGCUCGAUUACGGACUUUUCGGAGCUCACAGAGAAGGCGCACGCCAACGGAACUCUGGUCGUUUGCGCCACUGACUUGUUGGCUCUCACAAUCCUUCGACCUCCUAGUGAGUUCGACGCCGACAUUGCCGUCGGCACCAGUCAGAGAUUUGGCGUCCCCCUAGGCUACGGCGGCCCUCACGCCGGUUUCUUUGCUUGUCGGCAAUCUUUGGUGCGCCUCAUGCCAGGCCGAAUGAUUGGAGUUACGAGAGACAUCAAUGGCCUGGACGCGUACCGUUUGGCCCUUCAAACCCGAGAGCAACACAUUCGACGCGACAAAGCCACAAGCAAUAUUUGCACAGCGCAAGCCCUUCUUGCAAAUAUGUCUGCAAUGUUCGCGGUGUACCAUGGCCCUCAUGGACUAAAGGAUAUCGCAACCAGGGUCCACGACUCUGCUUUGCUCCUGGCGGCAGGUGCAAGGUCGGUUGGGCACACUAUUAUGAACCCUCAUUUCUUUGAUACCAUUCGGAUUUCUCUAAACUGUGACGUCGCUGAAGUCCAAGAAAGGGCGCAAAGAAAGCAAAUCAACCUGCGCUACUACACGGACGGAACAAUUGGAAUUUCUUUGGACGAAACAGUGAAGGUCGGUGACGUUCAGGACCUUCUAUCCAUUCUAGGUUAUCAGGGAACAGCAUCAGAGCUAGCUGAGGAAAGUGCCCAUGAAAUCCAGGAAACAAGUCUGUUGAGUUCCCAAUUCAAAAGAACGUCGCCCUAUCUCACCCACCCUAUUUUCAAUUCGUACCACUCGGAAAGCAGGAUCGUCCGCUACAUGAAAAUGCUGGAGAACAAAGACAUCUCCCUGGUGCACUCUAUGAUUCCUCUGGGCUCUUGCACCAUGAAGUUGAAUAGUACCACAGAAAUGAUGCCUUGCAGUCUGAAGCACUUUACAGACAUUCACCCGUUUGUUCCUCUGGAGCAGGCGCUCGGCUACAAACAGUUGUUCGAAGAACUGGAGAGGGAUCUGUGUGAAAUUACUGGCUACGACAAAAUCUCCUUCCAACCUAACAGUGGGGCCCAGGGUGAAUACGCAGGACUGAGGGCGAUCAAAUCAUACCUGGAAGCAAAGGGCGAGGGUCACAGACAAAUUUGCCUGAUUCCUGUUUCUGCUCAUGGGACGAACCCAGCGUCAGCCCAGAUGGCAGGCAUGCAAGUUGAGGCCAUCAACGUGACCAAAGACGGAAGCAUAGAUAUGCGCCACUUACUUGCAAAAUCUGAAAAACACAAGGAAAACUUGGCGUGCUUGAUGAUCACAUAUCCAUCAACUUUUGGAGUUUUCGAGGAAACGGUCGCAGAUGUGUGCAAAAUUAUUCAUGAUUGUGGCGGUCAAGUGUAUCUUGAUGGCGCCAAUAUGAACGCCCAAGUGGGACUCUGCCGGCCUGGUGAUUACGGAUCUGACGUUUCACAUUUGAACCUGCACAAAACCUUCUGCAUUCCUCAUGGAGGUGGAGGCCCUGGUAUGGGACCGAUUGGAGUCAAGGAGCACCUUGCACCUUUCCUUCCCAGCCACCCUGUAAUUGACCCUCUGGCCUCACUUGGUGCAAACGCGAAAUCAUUCGGAGUCGUCAGCGCCGCGCCAUUCGGCUCCUCUGCAAUUCUUCCCAUCUCAUGGGCGUACAUAAAGAUGAUGGGCCCCAAGGGCUUAAGGAAAGCGACACAAGUUGCUAUUUUGAACGCGAACUACAUGAGCAAACGUCUAGAAGGACACUAUCACACGCUCUUCAAGGGCAAAAACAAUUUGGUGGCCCACGAGUUUAUCAUUGACGUCAGAAAUUUCAAAAAGACAGCCAACAUUGAGCCUGUUGACAUAGCAAAGAGACUGAUGGAUUACGGUUUCCAUGCUCCGACAAUGUCUUGGCCUGUUGCUGGAACCCUCAUGAUCGAGCCCACAGAGUCCGAGGACAAACAGGAGUUGGACCGAUUUUGUGAAGCGCUUAUUUGCAUUAGGAAGGAGGUCGGAGACAUAGAAGAAGGACGAAUGGACGUCAGAACAAAUCCCUUAAAAAUGGCACCUCACACACAGGCGCAAGUCAUUACCUCUGAAUGGAACAGACCCUACUCCCGCGAACUGGCCGCUUUUCCUGCGCCUUUUGUCAGACCCGAGAGCAAAAUUUGGCCCACCGUUGGCAGGAUUGAUGAUAUUUACGGCGACAAACACCUUGUCUGCACAUGUCCUCCAAUUUUACCCGCUUACUCCUUUUAAAUGUUGAAAUGUAAAUUUAAUAUUGCCUAAAUUUUAAGAUAAAUAAAUGCGACUCAAAUUUUAUAAUCAGGUGAUCUUUAAAUUUUCACGCCGCAAAACAAAGUAAAAACUGCAGAAAAAUCAAAUAAAAUAAAAAUUAAUUAAUAAUAAGAGAAUAAUGAUUUAUUUUAAUUUCAAAAGGUUUUUUGUUUUUUGUCACAAUUAACUUUUAUUCC